AUGGCGCCUCCCUUCAUCCUCGAAAGCUUUGCGCUCGGUGUAAUUUCCAUCGCUCUGUUUCUGGGGCUAUAUGCUCUAAUAGUGUCCCGGCAUUGGACUCGCUGUCUUGCUCUACAAGUGUUAGGAGCUCUCUGCGCGUACGGUGUUCUCGUAACACAUUGGGUACUGGAGCAGCAUUCGAUUCGCGAGUUGUUACUGGGAAAUAUCUUCGAUGACGGUGGACAUUCCCGCGAUCGCGCCAGUGACUCUAUGCCGCCUCCGAUGAAACUUGAGAUCUUCGUCUUAGAUUCGCUCUUUCCACUUGUGACGGAGACAGUCCUGUUCGCGAUCUCGACAACGUUGGCACUAAUGGCAUGGUACGCAUUGCAGCAAAACAAAACUCUGCGCAUCUAUUCGGGACAGACCGUUCUAGCAGCCUGCAUGUACAUCGUAGCGCUCAUACACUGGAUCGUCAGCAUCACGACCUUCUGUUCUGCGCAUGCUCUCAUGGACCGCGAUACGGAUGCGGCCAUCAUGGAUGAGGCCCCGUUCACCCUAAUUGGGAGCUUUCAUCAUAUAGCACCCGUAGUCUUGCUGUCGAUGAACAUCGUCAUGUCUGAUGCCAUUGUUCUAUGGCGAGUAGUGGUACUGUGGGAGAAGGGACGGCGCCCGGACGUUGUCAUCACAGCGAUAGCCAUGUUGGGUCUCACGAUAGCUUUGACGAUUACAAAUCUGGUCUCCAUCUUGAAGGUCGAUCAGUCUAAGCUACAGAACAUGUUCACACCGAACUACUUCGCCGAAUCCCUGACGACAGGGAUACAAAGCGGCGACUUCUUUGGCUUACUGGCUCUCGCUGCGUCGCUGGGCUCGAACAUCGUAGCUACCUGCCUCGUGGGGAACAAAGCCUGGAGGUACAGAAGGCAGAUUGUUGAACGUUUCCGUCACGGAGUGUCGCGUACAAUGGCUGAACGCGUCGUCGGGCUGUUGGUGGAAUCGGGAGCGCUAUACUGCGUCGUAUGGGUGCUCUAUAUCAUCGCCAACCUUGCCCCAAUACCCACUGACGGUGUUCCCGGACUUCAUCUUGUGGAUCACCUGAAUGUAGCGUUAGCGCAGCUCACGUCCAUCUAUCCGACACUUAUCAUCAUACUGGUCGCACUCGAGCGCUCCUACUGCGACAGGCACUGCAUUCACGACCUACCGCUGUGCGACUCAGCACAGCCUGUCUCCGUGACGAUUGCGCUCAACGUGGCAAGAAGCGCGAGUUCUUCUGAUAUCCGACGUAUGGAGUCUUCACAAAUACCUGGGGCGAGCUAUAGCAGAGUCAAUCUGCAAGAAACAGAAUCAGAGAAGCCAGAAAUUGAAGUCGUAGCACGCACGCCCACCGACUCGGUGCUCGAUUUACGCUAA